ACUCGAGACCAGUCUAGUACAGUCCAGACAUUAGAGUUAGAGAUCCACAGCAAAAGCCGCCUACUUUGAAACCUACUUGCCAACCAGUUUUAUAAUAUAUAUAUAUAGAAGAAAAAGCAGGUGAUAAGAAAAAGAUAUGGCUGCAAUUACAAGCAGUAGUAGUCAUGUUACUGGUUUCAUCAAUGGACCCAUGUUCUUCCUCAAACUUGCUCUUAUGUUGCUUCUGCUCCUCCAGCUGCAGCCAAAAAUCACAUCCACAGCUCAAGCUGCUGGGGUUCAACUUCUUCCAGAGAAUGAAGUGAAAGCCCUGCGUGAAAUAGGAAGAAAGCUGAAUAAAAAAGACUGGAAUUUCAGCGAUCCAUGCAACAACGUCCCAACCGUGGAAACCCCACAUACCGAUCAGUACAACAACACUGUCGUUUGCAACUGCUCUUUCCCUGCCAAUCGAUGCCACAUCCAUGGCAUUUUUCUCAUGGGACAGGAUCUGGAUGGUGUGCUUCCACCAUCACUGUCGAAGUUACCUUACCUCAGACAAGUCAAUUUGGGCAAGAACAUCCUCAGUGGUUCUAUACCACCCGAGUGGGUUUCUAUGAAAUUGGAAUUUCUGGUCCUCAGUGUGAACAAUUUGUCUGGACCUAUUCCUGCCUACUUGGGAAACAUCACCUCUCUCAGAGCUUUGGGCCUGGAGAGCAACUUGUUUUCUGGAAGUGUUCCCCCUGAGUUUGGAAAUUUGGUUAACUUGGAGACUCUCUUUCUUAAUGCUAACAAUCUCACUGGAGGGUUGCCUGUGACUUUCUCGAAUCUGACUAAAUUACGGACCCUAAGGAUUAGCAGUAAUAACUUCAAUGGAAAAAUACCUGACUUUUUCCACAAGUUUAAACUGCUUCAGGCCCUAGAGAUGCAAGCAAGUGGUUUGGAAGGGCCAAUUCCUUCUAGCCUUUCUGCCCUGGAUAAGUUAACAGAACUAAGGAUUAGUGACUUAAAUAGUGGGAUUUCAGAAUUUCCAGACAUAAAAAACAUGAAAGGCUUGGAGAAGUUGAUAUUGAGGAGCUGUAACAUAAGAGGAAGAAUUCCUGAAUAUAUAGCUAACUUGACAAACCUAGAAAUUUUAGAUCUUAGCUUUAACAGAUUGGAAGGAACCAUUCCCAAUUUUGGAGAUGUAUUUGGAUUGACUAAAAUAUAUCUGACGAGUAACAAGCUUACUGGACUUACUCCAGAGUGGAUGAUCAAAGAAAGAGAUAACCGCUAUCAAAUAGAUCUUUCUUACAAUAAUUUCUCUAAGAACUCUUUGCAACCACCUACUUGUCGAGACUCCUUGAAUCUGUACAGAAGCUUUUCCAUACAAAAUAAAUCAAUACUCAGUGAGUGCCUGAAUCCAUGUUCAAAAGACAAAUAUUCUUUGCAUAUAAAUUGUGGUGGAAAACAAAUCAUUAUUGGAAACAUCAAGUAUGAAGGGGAUGAAGAUGCAGGAGCUCCAGCAGAGUUGUUUUACAACAACUCGGCCAGUUGGGGUUUUAGUAACACAGGUCACUUUUGGGAUAUAUCGAGUGGCCGUUACCAGUAUAUAACGACAAAUGUGUCCAUACUAAGAAUGAACAAUUCUGAAUUGUACACAACCGCACGCCUCUCUCCUCUUUCUCUGACAUAUUUUGCUCGUUGCUUAGCGAAUGGAAAUUAUACAGUGAAACUUCACUUUGCAGAGAUAGUAUUCAGAGACAACAUAUCUUAUUAUAGUGUUGGAAGAAGAAUGUUUGAUGUUUAUAUUCAGGGGAAAUUGGAGUUGAAAGAUUUUAAUAUUGAAGAGGAAGCACAUGGAGUUGAUAAGGAAGUGAUAGUUAAGCGGAAAGCUGUUGUUAAUGAUAAGACUUUAGAGAUCCGUUUCCAAUGGACUGGGAAAGGUACAACAGGUGCUCCAGUAAGAGGAAUAUAUGGUUCUCUUAUAUCAGCUAUCUCAGUGGAGUCUGAUUUCAAACGUCCAGCUGAAAGCAAAGGAAAAAUAUACAUUGUGGUUGGAGUUGCUUUAGCAUUUUGCUUGGUUGCUUUUAUAACUUUAAGCAUUCUUUGGUGGAGAGGUUGUUUCGGAGGCAGGGAAUCAAGAGAACAAGUUCUGAGAGGAUUAGAUUUGAAAACUGGUGUCUUUACAUUCAAACAAAUUAAAGCUGCAACUAACAACUUUGAUUCUGGAAAUAAGCUCGGAGAAGGCGGAUUUGGAUCUGUUUACAAGGGUGUAUUAUUAGAUGGUACGUGUAUUGCAGUUAAGUACCUUUCUGCAAGAUCAAAGCAAGGGAAUCGUGAAUUUCUGAAUGAAUUAGGCAUGAUUUCUGCUUUAGAACAUCCAAAUCUUGUCAAAUUGCAUGGAUGUUGUGUUGAAGGAAAGCAAUUGGUGUUGGUGUAUGAAUACAUGGAUAACAACAGCCUUGCACAUUCCUUGUUUGGUCAAGAGGAAGGAGGUCAAUUGAAAUUGGACUGGCCUACAAGGCAGAAAAUAUGUGUUGGCAUUGCCAAAGGGUUAACUUUCCUGCAUGAGGAAUCGGCAUUGAAAAUUGUUCAUAGAGACAUUAAAGCUUCAAAUAUAUUGCUUGAUAGGGACCUCAACCCUAAGAUUUCUGACUUUGGUCUAGCCAAACUGGAUGAAGAGGAGAACACCCACAUCACCACCAGAGUUGCCGGAACUAUAGGAUACAUGGCACCAGAGUAUGCAUUAUGGGGUUAUUUAACGGAUAAAGCAGAUGUCUACAGUUUCGGGGUUGUUGCAUUGGAACUUGUGACUGGUAAAAGCAACAUGAAAUUUCAUCCAUCCGAGAAUUAUGUGUGCCUUCUAGAUUGGGCCCUUGUUUCACAACAGAAGGGAAAUUUAAUGGAGCUGGUGGAUCCAAGGUUUGGAUCAGAGUUCAAUAAGGAAGAAGCUAUUAGAAUGAUUAAAAUUGCUUUAUUAUGCCACAAUCCAUCCCCAGCACUUCGACCAACCAUGUCUACUGUAGUGCGCAUGCUUGAAGGCCGAACUCCCGUUCAUGAAUUGAUCAUGGAUCCAAGUAUUUAUGGUGAUAAAUUGAGGUUUGAAGCCUUGAGAAACCAGUUCAAUUCAUUUACAACGGAGAGCACAUCUGAAUGUUAGAAUUUUUGUUCUUUAAUCAUUUCUAAUGUGUAUAUUUUUCCUAAAUCAAUGCAGAAACUUUAUGGGGUUAAUACUUAAUUUUUUAGUGAUGAAAGCGAUCUUGUUUUCAACAAACGCUUAUCAUACUUGCGUCUUUGCUCUUUUUAUAUUAUUAUUCUGGGAUAAUUUGUAUACACUUCCCUGAAGGUCUGAAAUUUUUCUAGAUUGCAAGGCUUAUUAGAUGUUGACAGUUAAAUGUACAUGUAACGGUACUAGUCCAUUCAAUUUUUAAAAGCUACUUACAAUCUACAUUGAUAUCCCAUUACAAUCUACAUUGAUCUUUGGAGUGUAUGUAUAUGCAAGCAUAAAGAGGUCAGAUGCUUUUAUAUUUUUA